ACAGGACGAGGGUCCCUAUUCCCUCAAGUGCAAGAAGAAGCCUUGAACGCCACAAGUAACCGUGACAGCAGUCUCACCGGCAACUACGGCUCUACAAUAUAUUUAUCUGGCAUACAGAGAGGAUGAAUAAUCUCUCAGAGGCGUUUUCGAAGCUAAUCUGGGGAGAGAUGCCGAAAAUAAUCCCCUACCGGAGCGUUCCCGACAACGUGCCUUUUACUCAGCUUUUCCAGCAUUAUCCCGUACUCAGUCCGUUCUACACAGAGUAUGAGAAAAAUUUCCAUGCUUCCUCCUACGUCAAUUUCGCACAAAAUACUUGGCCCGCCUUACCACUCGCUUUGUGCGGGAUCUACGGCUUGAUGAUUGUCGUGGGCACCAAGGUUAUGGAGUCUCGACCCAAGCAUGAAUGGAAAACAGCCUUAGCUUGUUGGAACUUACUCUUGAGUGUUUUCUCCUUUUGCGGCAUGCUCCGCACCGUACCACACCUCCUUCAAAACGUCACGACUCUGCCCUUUAAGGACACGAUUUGCCGGCACCCCGCUGAGACCUACGGAGAAGGGGCCUGUGGGCUCUGGGUUAUGCUUUUCAUCUACAGCAAGGUCCCCGAGCUCGUCGACACGGUUUUCAUCGUCUUCCGCAAAAGCAAGCUGCAGACCGCCAUCAAAGCUUGGCCCUCCUGGAUCCCUCCCUCGAUCAUCACCGUCGCUCAAAUCUCCCAGAUGAUGGUCGGCGUGGGCAUCUGCGUCGCCUCGUUUUACUACCUGUACACGGACCCUGAGCAUUGCGAAGUAAAACCCCAAAAUGUCUACUCAGGAGCCUUGAUGUAUGGCAGUUAUCUCUAUCUAUUUUGUGAUUUCUUCGUACGCCGCUUCCUUCGGGGUGGGAAGCCGCGAUUGGGAGAAGAGCGCAGCGCGGUGUUGACCAUGACGAAAAAGAUCAAGGACAUGUAA